GUGGUUCGUAACGGAGGAAGCGUCUACCGCUUGACAGUUGGCUAUUAGAAAUGUUUGUUUAUAUUGUGAAGUGAUUUUAUGAAUGACAUUAACUAAAUAAGUUUCAAAACUCUUCUGUUUUAUAGGUUAUAAUCACGUUCUUCCUAACCUCUUUCUUGGGUUACUAUAUGAAUUAUAUAGUUUAAUUUUACGUAGUCAAACUUUAUUAGAAAUAAUUGUUCAUAAUGUCAGACGACGAGGAUUUGGUUUAUGUAAAGAAACAGAAAACUGUUCAUUAUGGAUCGCUCGAGGAAGUCGAACGCGCAAGGUUGGCCGCGGCAGCCGAAUCUUCCGAGGAAGAAAAAGAUUCUACGAAUUUGGGCGAGAGCAUCAAUGCUGCCGUUACUUUGGCAAAUGUGCAUAUAUCUAAUGAAUAUAUGGAACUUGAAGAUGAAAUGUCCAAAGAUAGACAAGCCCUCUUAGAGGAGUUCGAGCGUCGAAAAAAAGCGCGCCAAAUUAAUGUUUCCACUGAUGACUCGGAAGUAAAGAAAAAUUUAAGACAAUUAGGCGAACCUAUUUGCUUAUUUGGCGAGGGGCCUGCUGAUAGAAGAACAAGAUUAAGAGAGUUACUGGCCAACCUAGGUGAAGAUGCAAUUAAAAAGAAGCACGAAGAAGAUGAGAAACCUUUGCAUCCAAUUGAAAGAGAUACUGAGACAACUUGGUAUCACGAGGGACCAGAAUCUCUUCAGAUAGCACGUUCAUGGAUUGCUGCAUAUUCAUUGCCUAGAGCAAAGGGUAGAUUGGACAAAGCAAGGCAAGACUUAGAAUUACCAGCGGCUACCCGUACAGCACGCCGUCAAGAGCUUCUGAAGAAAUUACAAGCACUCACGAUUUACUGUUCUCAAAUUGGCGAUACCAGGCCAAUUUCGUAUUGUCAGUUUAGUUCAAAUUCCAAAUUGUUGGCAACAGCUUCGUGGUCAGGUUUAUGUAAAAUAUGGUCUGUACCUGACUGUACUCUGUUAAGAACCCUUAAAGGGCAUACUUGUAAUGUUGGCUGCAUUGUUUUUCAUCCAAAAGCUACUGUUACUGAGGAUGUGGUAGGGGAGAAAGCAGGACAGACUUGUGUAUUGGCAUCCUGUGCUGCUGAUGGAUCAGUGAAAUUGUGGAGCGGUGGGUCAGGCGAAGAACCUCUAGCCGAAGUCGAAGGACACGAGCCGCACAGAGUUUCGAGAUUAGCAUUCCAUCCUUCUGGUAGAUUUCUUGGAACAUGCUGUCACGAUGCUUCGUGGAGACUUUGGGAUUUAGAGCAACAGGCAGAGGUUUUACACCAAGAGGGUCAUGCUAGAGCUGUGCAUUGUAUUAGUUUCCAGUGUGACGGCAGCGUAAGCGCCACUGGUGGACACGAUUCCUUCGGUAGGGUGUGGGAUCUUCGCACGGGAAGAUGUAUUAUGUUUAUGGAGGGUCAUUUGAAGUCUAUUUUUGGUAUCGAUUUCUCUCCUAAUGGGUUUCAUAUAGCGACCGCGAGCGAAGAUAACACGUGUAAAAUAUGGGAUUUACGAAAGAGAUCCUGCGUGUACACGAUACCAUCUCAUACGAAUCUAUUAUCAGAUGUUAAAUAUCAGAGGAUAGAAGGACAGUAUUUGGUUACAGCCUCGUACGACAACACUGCCAAGAUAUGGUCGAACAAGACCUGGCAACCCCUGAAAACCUUACCAGGCCACGAUGGUAAAGUGAUGUCUGUUGAUAUUUCUCCUGACCACAAAUUUAUCGCGACUACUUCUUACGAUAGAACGUUCAAGCUCUGGGCGCCAGAAUGUAUGUAAAAAGAUUUCUACGAAAACAAAUAUUUGACUAUGCUAUUUCUGAUACUGUACUGUACGGAAAUAGUUCACUUUUGUAUGACGGGAGAAUGAAUAAACAUUUAUUCUUAAUCGCCCA